AUGAAUUGCACUCUAUUGUUAUUUCUGCUAUUAUCAUUAUUAUGUAUAUUGGAAGCAAAACGAAGUAAAUCAUCAAAAUCAGAUGAAACAUUCAAAGAGCAACAACAACAACAACAACAACAACAACAACAACAACCUCAUUCUGUAAAAAAUAAUGCAAAAUAUAAGAAAGAAAUACGUCGGAUAAUGCCAUCACGACAAGAUAUUACUCAUGAUGAAGAUAAUACUAUAGAAGAUGUUGAUGAGGAUAAGAUUGAUGAAAUUAUCCGUGAUUCAACCAAAAACCUUGUUAUAUUCUUUUAUGACGGAUACGCGAAAUGUCCAAACUGCGGUGAAGCACUUGCAGAAGUGGAAGAAAUUGAUGAUGAUAUCGAAGCGACCGGAUACAUUGAAGUUGUUAAAACGGAUGAUCGAAGUGUUGCACGUGAGCUUGGUAUUGCAACAUUUCCAGCUUUGGUUUACUUCAGGCGGAAAAAUCCGAUCACAUAUGAUGGCGAUUUCAAGGAUUCAGAUACAAUAGUACGAUGGUUACGUUCUCAUGAAGAAGUAGUUACUUGGAUCCUAACUGAUGAUAACUUCGAAGAUUAUACACAUAGUUAUUCACCUGAUGAAGGUGCACUGGAUUGGUUUGUCAUGUUUUACAAUUCGGAUGAACCGGACUGUAAUGCAUUUGUUUCAUCAUGGGAAUCUGUUGCACAUAAAUUACGCGGUUUAGUAAAUGUUGGCAAGGUAGACAUGUCAAUUAAUGAUGAUGUCACCGAUCGUUUUCGUCUAGAUGAUACCCAAUGCCCAAUAUUCCUUCUCUUCCAUCGAGGAAAGAUGUACCGCUACAAAGAUGUAGCCAAAAACAUUCGAAGUUUGACAGCAUUUGCAAUGUACAAAUUCAAGGACUUACGUGGUUAUCACGUGCCAGAACCACCAACAGCACUUGAAAACUUUUAUGAGCAUGUUAAGGAGCGAAUUGCAGAUAUUUUGGAAGAUAGCCAAGCACUUACCGUAAUCGGUAUCGGGGGAUUGAUUGCAAUCGUUGCUGCGACAAUUUAUGCAAAUGCUAGGCGAAAGCAACAUAUGGUAAUUGUGACAGAUAAUAAUAAAUCAAAAACUAACUAA